AGCGGGUCAGGAGAGGACGGCUCGGCGAAGGAGGAUGGAGACACUCUAAAGGACAGAGGAAGAAGAUCAGAAAAAUCCUCAAGGACGACAAGCUGAGGAUGGAAACGAGGGAUGCCCUGAAGGAGGAGGAGGAGAGGAGACGCAUCGCUGAGAGGGAGCAGCUCAGGGAGAAACUCAGAGAGGUACUCGUGGUGGAGGAGGCGUCCGCCGUGGCUUGUCCAAUCACAACCAAGCUGGUGCUGGAUGAAGACGAGGAGACCAAGGAGCCCAUGGUGCAGGUUCACCGCAAUCUGGUCACUAAGCUCAAACCACACCAGGUCGACGGGGUCCAGUUCAUGUGGGACUGCUGUUGUGAGUCGGUGAAGAAAACCAACAAGAACUCUGGUUCUGGAUGUAUCCUGGCUCACUGUAUGGGUCUGGGAAAAACACUGCAGGUGGUAACCCUCCUCCACACACUACUGCUGUGUGAAAAGUUAGACUUCUCCACGGCUCUGAUCGUCUGUCCUCUCAACACCGUUCUCAACUGGCUCAAUGAGUUUGAGAAGUGGCAGUACGGCUUCAAGGACGAGGAGAGUUUAGAGGUGACGGAGCUGGCCACGGUGAAGCGUCCUCAGGAGAGAGCGUCUGCUCUGCAGCAGUGGCAGGAGGAUGGAGGAAUCAUGAUCAUUGGCUAUGAGAUGUACCGUAACCUCACUCAGGGUAGAAACAUCAAGAGCAAGAAACUCAAAGAGACCUUCCAGAAGACCCUGGUUGACCCAGGCCCAGAUUUUGUGAUCUGUGAUGAGGGCCACAUCUUGAAGAACGAGGUGUCGGCCAUCUCUAAAGCCAUGAAUUCCAUCAACCGACGGAGAGUGGUGCUCACCGGCACUCCACUGCAGAACAACCUCAUAGAGUACCACUGCAUGGUGAACUUCAUCAAGGAGAACCUGCUGGGGUCAGUGAAGGAGUUCAGGAACCGCUUCGUCAACCCCAUCCAGAACGGGCAGGCAGCGGACUCCACAGACCAGGAUGUACGCAUCAUGAAGAAGAGGGCCCACAUCCUCUACGAGAUGCUCAAUGGAUGUGUUCAGAGAAGAGACUACUCUGCCCUGACCAAGUUCCUGCCUCCUAAACAUGAGUACGUUGUGUGCGUCAGAGUCACGCCCAUCCAGUGUACUCUAUACCGACACUACCUGGAGCACUUAACAGGUACGGGGAACGUGGUGGAGGGGGGUCGGGGUCGUGCCGGCACCAAACUCUUCCAGGACUUCCAGAUGCUCAGCAGAAUCUGGACCCAUCCCUGGUGCCUGCAGCUGGACUACAUCAGCAAGGAAAACAAGGGGUACUUUGACGAGGACAGCAUGGAGGAGUUCAUCGCCUCGGAGACCGAGGAAUCUUCUUUAAGCAUGACCUCUGAGGACGAGAAACAGAAAAA